AUUCUUCUUCUUCUUCUUCAUUAUCAUCUUGCAAAUGCAGAAACCGCCAUGGAUGAGGCUCCGACGAAAUGGAACGUCACCUUCACGAAGCACCUCAAGCAGAAGCGCAAGGUCUACCGCGACGGCUUCCUCUCUCUCCACUCCUCCUCCGCCAAGGUAAUGCUGUAUGUCGACAGCGACCAGCUGUUGGAAUGCAGGAUCUUGAAGAAUGACGAAGUUGUUUGCUCCGGUGAGACGCUGACGUUCAAUGCUUAUUUGGUUGAUGUUGGAGAGCCUGAAGAAGGGCAAUAGCCUCUCGAUGAUACUUAUGCUUGCAGCCGAGAAAAUAAAGUUCCUAAGCGAACGAAUCUGCUUCACACAAACAAGUUCAUCAACGUAUCUGAUUGUGCCGGAGAUGAAAAGACCAUAGUGGAGAAGCAUAAACAGCAGACGAUCAGCCUAAGCCCAUCGCAGAAGAUUAUUAGAGAAUUCAAGUAGAAUGAAAUGAACAAGUAUGGCGUAUUGCAGGCGAGUCCGAACUCAAGGACAUCAAGUACAACGCAUUGGCAUGUCUUGUACACGACACAAUUAACUCAAAAGUCGAAGAAAUAUCAUGAUGGCUUCUUGCGUUGUACAAGCAGUGGAUCUAUCACUAGGCAGGUUUUCUUGUAUGAUACGAGCUGGAAACUUUUAGAUAGUAGGUUCCUGAACAAAGCUGAAGAAGUAUGCCCUGGGGAGAUGAUGGAAUUUCCUGGUCAUUUGGUCGAAGUUGGCAAUCGUGAAGCAAACCAUGAAUCUUUGAGGGAACUAAAUCUAAAUGCAAGUGGAAACAGUUUCAGUUCUCUUCACAAAUUAAAUAUGCAAAAGCAGCAGCGUAAUGCGACUACCAUUAAAUCUGCUGUAAAAGAAUGGCAGGUUUUGUACACAGCACAAGUAAAUCAAAAGGCCAAGAAAUACCAUGAUGGUUUUCUGCAGCUUGAAGUUCAUGGAUCCCUAGGGAGGCAGGUCACACUGUAUGAUGCUAGUAGGAAAAUCUUGGUGAAUAAAUUUCUUAGGAGAGAUGAAGUGUUGGGAACUGGAAAAUCUCUGGUGUUCGAUUCUCACUUGGUUGAUAUUGGGGAGCAUGUGGUAAAAGAAAAGGGGCCAAUGGGUUUGAAUGACCUUGAACCAUGUCACGCUGCUGGAGAAAUGAGGACAGGCCAUGGGGAAGUGGAUGGUGCUAAAGUUGAUCAAUCAAUCCUGGGAGUACCCUGGCAUAAACAUGGAGACAACACUUCGGGGAAGGUUCAUCCAAGGAGAGAUUCAGAUUCAAACAGUGGAAUAUCUGUUAUGAAAAGCACAGAUUGCAUCAGGAGAGUUUCCGAGACCAAGCCUCUACGUGAUGCCUGUCAAAUACUAUCUGUACUCCGAAAACCAUUAGAUCAAGUUGCCAUUGCUGAAAAUUCAUAUGAAAGGAAGGCAAGUUUUGCUUCCCUAACGAAGGAGCUUCAGGAUCCAGAGAAGUUUUGUGAUGGAGCUCAAAGACAAAGAGCGCCAGCUGCUGAGCUGGCUUCAGUGGAGAAUGUGGACACUGGAAAUCUGACUGAUACUACCAACAAUGAAAAGUUACCUGGUCUAAUGAAGUCUAAAGAAUUAGCCUCUGAAUUCAAUGAAUCUUACUUGAUGGGGGACUUUGCAAUUGCCAACUCGCAGCCUUCUCAUGGGCAAGCUGAUCCCAAGUGCUGCAGUGACAAUCUUGUUUCUGAAGCAUCGCUUUCACACGGUUCUCACAGCGAUGCUAGUGAUAAAAGAAUGGACCUUGAAGGAGAUAGAGAUCCAUUGAUAGUGAAGGCUGAGUGUCCCAGUUUUGAUCUAGGAUUUUGAACCAUAUCCAUUGCUCAAUCAACAAUAUUGCUACUGUCAAGCAUCUGGAUGGAGUGCGCAAGAAUUUUUGUGCCUGUCACACAUGAAAUCUGUACAGUCGAGCUCCUGUUUUUAUGUGAAGCGUUCUGGUGCCAAAUUCAUUUGCAGCUGUCUGAUCGGAAACGUUUUUAGUUAUACGGCAUAAUCAAUGUAUUUACAGUGAUCUUCAAUAUAUUCAGGUACACUUUCGAUGCA